AUGAAGUCAAUUCUAACAAAUAACAAGCUACAUCAAAUGAACCAUAUGGGCCAAAUUAUGGAUAUGCUUGACCGUCGUCUCAAUGACAAAGGUAAAAACUGGAGACAUGUUGCUAAGGCUUUAACUGUACUUGACUUCAUUGUUAGAGCGGGUUCUGAGAAUGUUGUGUUGUGGUCAAAAGAUAAUUUAUAUAUCAUCAAAACUCUCAGAGAAUUCCAAUAUGUGGAUGAAGAAGGACAUGAUCAAGGUACCAUCAUCAGAGUCAAGGCUAAAGAGCUAACUUCUUUAUUGAGGGAUGAUGAAAGAUUAAGAACUGAGCGUAGUAUGAGACAAGAUAGAAGAGAAAGAAGAAGACCACAGAGACGUUCAAGCGUCAGUUCUGAUAAUAAUCCAGAUGCCGAAGAUGAGGAUGAACUACAAAAGGCUCUUGACGAAAGUAGAAGGACAGCAGAAGAGGAUGAGAGAAGAAGAAGAAAUGAAUCAACUGAUGAUGAUGGGUUAGAUACUGCAUUGAGACUCAGUCGUGAAGAAGAAGAGGCAAGAAGAUUAAGAGAAAAUCAAAACCAAAAUCUUUUAGAUCUCUCUGAUAAUCAACAAGGACAAUUUGAUAUUUUUGGAAAUCCAAUCAACUCAGUGAAUACUGGGUAUCUUCAAAACGCUUAUGGUAAUGACUAUAUGCAACAGUUACAGCAACAACAAUACCUACAACAACAACAGCAACAACAGCAAUACGAGCAAGAGCAACAACAACAACAAUACUUGCAAAGACUUCUUCAAGAGCAGCAACAACAACAGUAUCAACAACAACAGCAACAACAGCAGGAAUAUUUGCAACAGCAAUAUUUACAACAACAGUACUUACAAAAUCUUCAACAACAACAGCUAUUGCAACAACAACAACAACAACAACAAGCACAAUCACAACAAAGCUUGCAACCUUUGCCAACUGGGUCUAAUAAUCCAUUCUCAUUGAGCAGCCCAAACCCAGCUCAAGCUAGUGAAUCUGCUGUUAGUGCACAACCAAAGUUAGAAAAAGUUCCUACAGGAUCUCAAAAGAAAAGCGAAGAAUAUUCCGAACUCAACAACUUACUUGCAACUGGCACAGGUAUCGAUACCUUUGGUAACGAAGGUAAUUUACGUAUUCCAGCUCAAUUUACAAAAUCUUCCACAUUCAUAAACUCUUCUGGUACGGGUAUACGUACAGAGAAUAAUUCCACUGCUAAUCCUUUUAUUCAGAGACAAUAUACAGGUGUCGCAAGUACAGGUGUUAUUCCAUCUCACACUGGUUAUGGUUUUGGUAACCAAGGUCAACAGCAACAACAACAACAACAACAACAACAACAACAACGUGGCCAAGGAGGUGAACAAUCAUUAAUUGAUAUUUGA